GUUCAUCUGUAGCCUGAAGGAGUUGUUCUCCUGAUCUGACAGUCCCUUUAGUGCUGAAGUGCUGUUUUUUUUGCAUUUUGUUCUCUUUGGGCCUUUUUGGUCUGACUUAUACUAAAGGAUAAGUCCAUACUGUGGUGAUGUCGUGGACAUCCUUUUUCUGCUUCCGUCACUAAGAAACGUAUACCCUCACUUCUGGAGGUCCUUGUCAGUGAUAAGCGUCCUUCACUCAAAAUCAUUGUUUCCACAUGUAGCUAAUUAAAAUUUGGAUAGUAAGGGAUGCCUCUGUAUUACCAAAUAUAAUAAUCUCUCAAUUCUUGUUGCUGCUAGACAGGAAUGAUUAGGCAGACAUUUGCAGAUGGGCGGAUACUAUUUUGAUAUUUGAAUACUGGCCCCUUAAAUACCUUGAACACUGACUUCAAACUAACAACAAGAAGAUGAGACACCCUUUACUCUCCUUAUUUUUGUCCCUCUGCUGAACUUGUGCUUUGUAGGUCUUUUUAUGCUACGAGUAAUGAGUCGGUAGUGUAACAGUGAGGUGCCCCUUACUUUUGUGGACGAAACUUACCACAGAUGCCUUCUCCUGAGCCUUCCUUGGGACAGAAGAGAGAUGACAUCUCCGUAGUCUCCUCACAGAGGCAAUAGAGUGUUAUCAAAAUGUGUGAUUGGAGCAGCUUCUAGAGCUGUACCCAGAUAUCAGCGUCAUGAAUGAGCAAAGGUAAUUCUCAUUGGUAACCAGUAGAUAUUUAUUGAGCAUCUACUACUUGCCAGUCACCAUUCUAAGCACAAGCAAUGAACAGGACAAAGUGAGUCCCUGCCGCAUGGAGUUUAUAUUCUAAUCAGAGUCAGGGGGCCCUGUAGUCCUGAACGUGACAUGAUACGGUUCAGGGGAGCCACUGUAGUAAUUAAAGAGUGGAAGCAUUAAUUACUAAAUUACUUUUAAUAGUUUGUAUCUUAAGUGUGUUCCAGUGUGGUAUUUCAUGUAUUUACCUACCCGUUUUGGUUUUGUUUUCAUAUUUUGUUUCUGUUAGGAGAGAACAUUGAAAUUACUCUCUAAGCUAUUUGAAGAGAGUGACUAAAUGCACCUGGGUCAGGCUGUCUGUGGGUAUGAAGUGGUUGGGAGACUCCAAGAACAUGGUGGUGAAUGGCAGGAGAAAUGGAGGCAAGUUGUCUGAUGACCAUCUGCAGACUCCAUCCAAAUUACCGCACACGGGAAAGGACACCCUGAAGGCUGGCAGAAAUGCAGUUGAGAGGAGGUCAAGCAGAUGUAAUGGUAAUUCUGGAUUCGAAGGCCAGAGUCGAUAUGUACCAUCUUCUGGAAUGUCUGCCAAGGAGCUUUGUGAAAAUGAUGACCUAGCAACUAGUUUGGUUCUUGAUCCCUAUUUAGGUUUUCAGACCCACAAAAUGAACACUAGCGCCUUUCCUGCGAGGAGCUCAAGGCAUUUUUCAAAAUCGGACAGUUUGCCUCACAACAACCCCGUGAGGUUUCGGCCUACUAAAGGCAGGCAAGAAGAACUGAAGGAAGUGAUAGAGCGUUUUAAGAAAGAUGAGCACUUGGAGAAAGCCUUCAAAUGUUUGACUUCAGGCGAAUGGGCACGGCAGUAUUUUCUUAACAAGAGCAAAAUGCAGGAGAAAUUAUUCAAAGAACAUGUAUUUAUUUACUUGCGAAUGUUUGCAACUGACAGUGGAUUUGAGAUAUUGCCUUGUAAUAGAUACUCAUCAGAACAAAAUGGAGCCAAAAUAGUUGCAACAAAAGAGUGGAAACGAAAUGACAAAAUAGAAUUACUGGUGGGUUGUAUUGCCGAACUUUCAGAAAUUGAGGAGAACAUGCUGCUUAGACAUGGAGAGAACGACUUCAGUGUCAUGUAUUCCACGAGGAAAAACUGUGCUCAGCUCUGGCUUGGUCCUGCUGCCUUCAUAAACCAUGAUUGCAGACCUAACUGCAAGUUCGUCUCAACUGGUCGAGACACAGCAUGUGUGAAGGCUUUGAGAGAUAUUGAACCUGGAGAAGAAAUUUCUUGUUAUUACGGAGAUGGGUUUUUUGGAGAAAAUAAUGAGUUCUGCGAGUGUUACACUUGUGAAAGACGGGGCACUGGUGCUUUUAAAUCCAGAGCGGGACUCCCUGCGCCUGCUCCUGUUAUCAAUAGCAAAUAUGGACUCAGAGAAACAGAUAAACGUUUAAAUAGGCUCAAAAAGUUAGGUGACAGCAGCAAAAAUUCCGACAGUCAGUCUGUCAGCUCUAACACUGAUGCAGACACCACUCAGGAAAAAAACAAUGCAACUUCUAAUCGAAAAUCUUCAGUUGGUGUGAAAAAGAACAGCAAGAGCAGAACGUUAACCAGGCAGUCUAUGUCAAGAAUUCCAGCUUCUUCCAACUCUACCUCAUCUAAACUAACUCACAUAAAUAAUUCCAGGGUACCAAAGAAACUGAAAAAGCCUGCAAAGCCUUUACUUUCAAAGAUAAAAUUAAGAAAUCAUUGCAAACGGCUGGAGCAAAAGACUGCUUCCGGAAAACUUGAAAUGGGAAACUUAGUACUUAAGGAGCCUAAAGUAGUUCUGUACAAAAAUCUGCCCAUCAAGAAAGACAAGGAGCCGGAGGGACCAGUACAAGCUGGAGCGGCCGGCGGGUGCUUGACGAGACACGCGGCGCGAGAACACAGACAAAACUCCGCGAGAGGUGCUCGGGCGCGGGCCGAGGGCUCGCCCUGCUCUUACGUCACGCGGCGGGCCGUGCGGACGCGGAUGAGCCUGAAGGAGGCCUCUGACCUCAAGCCGGACCCAGACGGAGUGGACGGCCUCCGAGACGGCGCGGCGGCACCGCGCGCGGACGGGGGUGAGCAGCCAGCCCCCGGGCUGCAGGAGGAGGACCUGGCUCCUGAGAGCGCGCAGAAGGGGGACACGAAGUGCCCCAAGAGUGACACUGGCAUGUCGAGAAAGAAAUCACGCCAGGGAAAGCUUGGGAAGCAGUUUGCCAAGAUGGAAGAGUCUGCUCCGGGGCGUGAUUCGCCCGGGAAGGACAGCGUGGGGCCAGACGUGCCGGGCUUCCAUUCUGACCAGGGUGAGCGCAGUGGCCCAGGGGGUGCGCCUGCGGGCUACACGGACUGCGCGCCCUCGCCCGUCGGGUGUUCGAUCGUCACGUCAGACAGCUUCAAAACAAAAGACAGCUUUAGGACUGCGAAAAGCAAGAAGAAGCGGCGAAUCACACGGUAUGACGCCCAGUUAAUCCUGGAGAACAACUCUGGGAUUCCCAAAUUGACUCUUCGCAGGCGUCACGACAGCAGCAGCAAGACAAACGACCAAGAGAAGGAUGGGAUGAAUUCCUCAAAAAUCAGCAUCAAGUUAAGUAAAGACCAUGAAAAUGAUAAUAACCUCUAUGUAGCGAAGCUAAAUAACGGAUUUAGCUCAGGAUCAGGCAGUAGUUCUACAAAAUUAAAAAUCCAGCUGAAACGGGACGAGGAGGGUCGGGGGUCGUACGCAGAGGGCCUUCAUGAGAACGGGGUGUGCUGUGGCGACACCCUCUCUCUCCUGGAGUCCCGGAUGGAAGUCGACGACUACAGUCAGUACGAGGAGGAGAGUAGCGAUGAGUCCUCCUCCUCCGGGGGCGGCGGGGAGGAGGGGGACUAUGAUGACGACUUUGAGGAUGACUUCAUCCCUCUUCCCCCGGCUAAGCGAUUGAGGCUAAUCGUCGGGAAGGACUCUAUCGAUAUUGACAUUUCUUCCAGGAGAAGAGAAGACCAGUCUUUGAGGCUCAACGCGUAAGCGCUCGGUCUUGACCCAGGAUAACUAAAGAAAUAAAAAAUCCCAGUCAAUUAUCCCUCAACGGAAAUAUUUCAGCGGCAGCACUUCCGCGGUCUCUUUCCGCACAGCAUGAUCCUGCAGACCGCGUGCAGCGUGCUGACUCUCCUGAAGGCUGAUCUGUGCACAUUUUUAUUGUACUUUUUAACUAGGCUUCUUAUGUGCAAUUCUGAGUUCGAGGUAAAGCCCUGUUGUAAAAUAAAGGCUCGAGCAAAAUUGUACAGCGAUCAACUUUCCACACAGGACAUUGAAAACAAUAAUGUGGCUACACAAUUCUUUUUAACUCUGAGAGCAUCGGUGGCUCUUUAAAUAUGACUAAACAAUGAAUCAUAGCAGCAUAUUAAGGUUUCCUAGUAUAUGCUAAUAUCACCAGCAAUGAUCUAUGGCUUUUUGAUUUAGUUGCUACACGUUCCCCCGCUUUGGAGUUAACGUCAGUUUCACACUGUUUGCUGGCUCAAGUGCACUGUUUGUGGUCUUUGUUAAAGUAGCAAACCAUGGGUCGGGAGUCAGAUUGGUUUCUUUUUUAAAAAAAAAAAAAAAAAA